GCGCAUGGGUAUGUCGUUUUCCACAGAUUGUAAAAAAAACUUUAUGGCGUUUUUCACAGAUUGAAAAAUACUUUAGAUCUAUUGUGGAAAAGUCCAAUCUCCCACAUGCGCAGUAGCACUUAGGCUGCGCUAACUGCGUAGUUACGCUUUACGCUAACUGUGUGAGCUGUGAGGGUACUGUGUCUCUGAGGAAAGAAGCAGAAAAGUCAAAGUAAUAAGUAAACUAUUCCACCCUGAAGAUGCUUUUCCGCACUCCAAAUUCCUUCCUGCUAUGUUUUCAACGGAGGACCAUCCUCUGGCUCGUCUGGUUUUGGAGGGCUGUGCGUUCAUCAGGAUCAAGUUUUCCAUGGAUAAGAUGGGCCUGUGGUCUGAUCUUCUUGAUGUCUUGUGUGACCAGAUUUACAAAGCAAGAUCACGGAGCAUUGGGGAUCUGAUAUCGCAGACGUCUCCCUUUGAGCAGAAGUAUGGCCGUGAAAAUUGGACAGUGGCUUUUGCUCCAGACGGCUCCUAUUUUGCUUGGUCUCAGGGUCAUCGUAUUGUGAAGUUGGUUCCUUGGUCUAAGUGCCUUAAAAACUUCGCUGCUGGAAGUACAAAGAACAGUGUCAACUUGACAACAGGAAGACUGUCCAGACAGAACAGUGAUGUAGCACAGAGAAACAAGCCACAAGAGCAUUCCAUAGACUGCGGGGACAUUGUCUGGAGUCUAGCAUUUGGUUCAUCUGUACCGGAAAAGCAGAGUCGUUGUGUGAAUAUAGAAUGGCAUCGUUUCAAGUUUGGUCAGGACCAGCUGCUACUGGCUACAGGGCUGAGCAAUGGGCGCAUCAAGAUAUGGGAUGUUUAUACAGGGAAGCUCCUCCUUAAUCUGAUGGAUCAUACAGAAAUUGUAAGAGAUUUAACAUUUGCCCCUGAUGGCAGCCUUAUAUUGGUUUCUGCUUCCAGAGACAAAACUCUCAGGGUCUGGGACCUAAAAGAUGAUGGCAAUAUGAUGAAAGUGUUAAGGGGACACCAGAACUGGGUUUAUUGCUGUGCGUUCUCCCCUGACUCCUCAAUGCUGUGUUCCGUUGGAGCUGGCAAAGCUGUAUUUCUAUGGGACAUGGAUAAAUAUACUAUGAUCCGUAAACUAGAAGGACACUACAAUGAUGUGGUAGCUUGUGAAUUCUCUCCUGAUGGAGCUUUGUUGGCUACUGCAUCAUAUGAUACCAGAGUAUAUGUCUGGGAUCCCCAUAUUGGGUGUAUUCUUUUUGAACUUGGGCACUUAUUUCCUCCGCCAACACCUAUAUUUGCAGGGGGAGAUAAUGGUCGCUGGGUGAGAUCAGUCUCAUUUAGCCAUGAUGGGGUACACAUUGCAAGUCUUGCUGACGAUAAGUUGGUGAGAUUUUGGCGUAUUGAUAAGUCACACCCCGUUGAAGUUGCACCUAUAAAUAAAGGUCUUUGCUGUGCCUUUUCUACUGAUGGCAGUGUUCUAGCUGCUGGAACUCAGGAUGGAAAUGUACACUUCUGGGCUACCCCCACACAUGUUUCCAGCCUUCAGCACUUAUGUCGUAUGGCAAUAAGAAGAGUCAUGACUACAAAUAAAGUCCAGAAGCUGCCAGUGCCUCCAAAAGUUAUGGAGUUUCUCUCCUACCAAAUCAUGUAGGAAACUUUUUUUUUUUGGUUUUCUACAAACUGUUUUGUUUUUUUUCUCCUGGCAACACACAAAUGCAUUACAAGCGUUAUGCUUUAAAUGUUACAACAUAUUUAAAGUGCAGUAUUUAAAUAUUUUAUGCAUUUCUGAUCACUCUGAGCUUUAACCGUGAUUUGGGAGUAUAUAACAUCCAUAAAAGUUAUAAUUGGAAUGUGGACAUACGAUUUGUACAACUGUGAAACUGUAAAUAUGUGUAUGCUACUAUGUGUUUAUUUUUGCUUCUUUAUGUACUGCUGGCUUUUUAGUUAGAGCAUAAUUUUCAUCUUUGUGUUAAAGCAAGUAUGGUAAAUGUCUGUUGCAUAUUACUGUGCACCUGGUGGUUUUACGGGUGGAAAGGUGUUAUCUAAAUGGCCAUACUCCAACAACCCGCACCCCCCCCCCCCCCCCCAUCACUAUCACCAUCACUACCACCUCCCCUUCAGAAAUGUAAAAGGUCCAUAGAUAUCUUUAUCACUCAAGUUCUAUCUAGGCUUGGCAAAUGUUGGAGUUUAGUAAGGCAUGGUCCUUAAUUGAGGGUAGAUGGUUCUGCAAUGUUCUAUGUAUGUACCCCAUCGAUUAUAUAUAUAUAUAU